AUCCAAAGAGAAAAAAUGGUGAAAAAAAAUUAGAUGAGCAUAUUUGUCACACGAGAAAUUGCAUACCAAAUCUUUAUGGGGAUUCAAAAACCUUACUUUUUAAUAACUAUUUGACUUUGACUUACCAUAAGUGGGUUAAAAGUGCUCCACAAUUAUAAAUAUAAUAUAAUGGUCCUCUUCCUCUCCUACUCUGUGUCACUCUUAAAUUAGGGUUUGAUUUUUCAAUUACUAUAACAUGGCAACUGCCUUCAAGGUACAACUCAAACACCUAGUUCAAUCCAUGCUUGACGAGGGUAUAUUGGACAGCCAGUUUAUUCAACUUCAAGCUUUGCAAGAUGCAAGCAAUCCCAAUUUUGUUGCUGAAGUCAUCACUUUGUUCUGCAACGAAGCCCAAAGGAUCAUAAACGACUUGGAAAUCUAUAUUGGUCAACAAGAUGUUGAUUUUAGCAAAAUGGAUGCUAAUGUUCAUCAACUAAAAGGAAGUAGCUCAAGUAUUGGGGCCCGACGUGUAACACUAGCCUGUGCUGAUCUUCGCGAGGCUUCUGAUGAAAGGAACAAAGAUAGAUGCCGCCAGGUCUUGAUUAGAAUCAAUCAGGAAUAUGCCACUUUAAAAGUCAAAUUUCAGAACCUUUUGCAGCUGGAAAAUACAAUCUCUGCCAUUGAAAACAACCAUCAUCAAUUUCUGGAUGGUAGAUAUUCAACUAUGGCAAAUAUGCAUCAGCUGUGAAGAUUGGUUAUUGUCAACUCACACAUACUUGAUCAACCUAAUUCUAUUUCCUUUUUCUGGAUAAACGUUUGUAAGUACCUGUAUUGUGAGUAUAUUUAGUUUAGAAUAAAUGUCUUGAGGAACUAGAUUUCAGUUUAGGAAGUUUGAGAAUUAUCAGUCCAGAAUGUUUUUGACCAAAACCAUGUUCAGCACUGAUAUCAACGAAUACACAUUUGUCAUAUUUGUUAGUUAUGAAUCUUAUGACAAGCUUUCCUUGAAAUUUUUUUACAAA